AGUUUGAAUUUGAGCUUGGAGAUGAAUACGUUCGCCCUGACUCUGACCUUGCUGCUGGCUAAAGACUCUUUGAGUGCUUCCAUAAAGCUUUUGCCAAGGGAUCCCGAGCUCUUGCCACACUUAUUUCAGGGAGACCUCGUAAACAGACCCGGUAGAACGUACUCGCCUAGAAAUGUGAUAACAAACGCGAUUUAUCAUUGGCCAAACCGCACUGUCUUGUACGUUAUUGAAGAAGGCACCUUUGAGUAUAUCCUUCGUUCAAUGCAGAGAAUAGAAAAAAUAUCCUGCGUCAGGUUUGUAGAAGCAGAGAAGCCCAGUGAUCACAAGUAUUUUGUCAAUUUGACGUCGGAUGAGGACGGCUGUUAUUGCGAAGAUAUUGGUUGGAGAAAUCAACGACUAAAAGUGAAUCUUGCGAUAAACGAUUUAGACAAUGGCUGCUUUCGCAUGGGUUCUAUAAUCCAUGAGCUCCUGCACGUGUUGGGCUUUGAACACCAGCACGUGGCCCACAACCGAGACGAAUAUGUGCGGAUUGUAUGGGAUAAUAUUAGUCCGGAACAUAAAAUCAAUUUCGUGAACGACGAAACAGAAAUAGGGUGGAACAACUACGGCGUGGAAUACGACUACGGCAGUGUUAUGCACUACAUUCAAAAUGCGUUUGCCAAAAACGAAUCGCAACCAACCAUAGUGGCCCUGAAAGAAGGAGGCUCAAAAAUGGGACAGCGUAAGGGAUUGAGCAAGAAAGAUGUUCGCAAGCUAAAUAUAAUGUACAAGUGUCCUGGCUAUGUAUAACACGUAUAAUCCUGCAAAAACUGUAUUAAAAAUAAAUCUUAUCAUGUUCAUGAACUA